GCCUCGCUGCAUCAUAUUAUAUUCUCAGACCCGGGGUAUCAAGAACAGACUGCAUGCAGCAGCAGCAGCAGCAGCAGCGAAAGUUUGGGAAUUUUUACACUUUGCUGAGGAUGAACUUAACGGCUGAGGACCACUCCAUCCCUCUGAGUGAUGGGAACAGCAUACCUCUGAUAGGACUGGGGACUUAUGGGGACCCACGCACGACCCCCAAAGGAUCCGCAUAUGAAUCAGUAAAACUGGCCAUUGACACAGGGUACAGACACUUUGAUGGGGCUUUGGUCUAUUUCAACGAACAUGAGGUGGGACAAGCAAUAAGGGAAAAGAUUGCAGAUGGAACCGUGAAGAGAGAGGAAAUCUUCUACUGUGGAAAGUUGUGGAACACAUUCCAUCCCCCAGACUUGGUGCGGCCCGCCUUGGAGAAAACUUUGAAGACAUUGCAGCUAGAUUACAUUGACCUGUAUAUAGUAGAAAUGCCGACAGCGUUCAAGCCAGGAGAUACAUUCUACCCCAGAGAUGAAAGUGGGAAGUACAUCUAUCAUACGACUGACCUCUGUGCGACAUGGGAGGCUCUGGAGGCUUGCAAAGAUGCCGGGCUUGUGAAGUCUCUCGGAGUAUCCAACUUCAACAAGCGACAGCUGGAGCUGAUUCUUAACAAACCGGGGCUGAAACACAAGCCUGUCUCAAACCAGGUCGAAUGCAAUCCCUAUUUCACGCAGCCAAAGUUGCUUGAAUACUGCCAGCAGAAAGAUAUUAUCAUCGUAGGAUACAGCCCCUUGGGGACAUCUCGAGAUGCAUCCUGGGUAAACCUAAAAUGCCCGCCACUGUUGGACGAUGAGCUCCUGGUCUCUGUGGCUAAGAAGUAUAACAAGACCUCAGCCCAGGUGGCCCUGAGGUUCAAUGUGCAGAGAGGGGUGGUGGUCAUCCCAAAGAGCUUCAACCAUGUUCGCAUACAGAAGAACUUUGAGAUAUUCGGCUUCUCUCUCACUGAGGCUGAGAUGAAGGCGAUUGAGGGGUUGAACAAGGAUAUUCGUUUUGUGGAGCUCCUCAUGUGGUCCGAUCACCCUGAGUAUCCAUUCCAUGAUGAGUACUAGACACCACAGAUCUCAAGACCUCACUGAAAUUUGCUCAAAUAAGUUUUGCUCGUCAGAAAUCCUAUUGCUUUUGGCCUGUUACUAACCCUGCUCCUUUUCUUAUGAACCGUAUAUUAUAAUUAUAACCAUUAUAAAUGUAUAUUUCCAUUCUGUGCAACACCCACAUUUAUUGCUGUAUAGCCCAUAUAUUAAAAACUUUAAGAAACCCAACGUAAUCUUACAAAUCCAUAUAGAUCCUAAACGGCAAACAUGCCCUAACCCUCUUUUUGUUUUUUGUUUAGAUAGUCCAAGUUUGCACAAAUAUAUAUAAGGAAAGUUAAAGUGUGCAAUGUUUUUGUGCAAGGGUUUUUAGUUUUGGUUAGUGGUGACACCUAGUGGUUUAGUGGUGAAACCUAGUGGUUGAGCUUGUGCACAGCCCUGAAUGAACAGCAUGCAUUGUUGACAUGCUGAGUAAAGCAAGGUGUUUGCUGGUUACAAGACGAUGUUAAUGAUUUAAGAAGAAAAUAAAUACUGGUGGUCAAACAUCA